GCCUCUCCCUCACUCCUCCCGGUGCAGCUCCGGGACUCGCGGCGGAACCUGGACGCGGAGAUGCGUGCGCGCGGUGCGCUGUGGCUGCUGGCGGCUCUGCUGGCCGCCCGCGCGCCGGUGAGCGCGGGCACGGCGCCGCUGCAGCCGGAGUCUCCGCUGCAGCGGCCGAAGGUGAUGAUCGCCGUGCUGGCGCGGAACGCCGCGCACAGCCUGCCGUUCUACCUGGGCUGCAUCGACCGGCUGCAGUACCCGAAGGAGCGCAUCGCCGUCUGGGCAGCAACAGACCAUAAUGUGGACAACACCACCGCCAUGCUCAGAGAAUGGCUGAGGAAGGCGCAGCAGGUCUACCACUUCGUGGAGUGGAGGCCGAUGGAGGAGCCCAGGUCUUUCACAGACGAGUGGGGUCCAAAGCACUGGCCUCCUUCCAGGUUCAACCACGUGAUGAAGCUGAGACAAGCGGCGCUGAGGACCGCGCGGGAACGAUGGGCCGACUACAUCCUGUUUGCAGAUACUGAUAACCUGUUGACCAACCCUCGAGUCCUGGACCUGCUGAUAGCCGAGAACCUGACCCUGGUGGCUCCCAUGUUGGAGUCCCGCUCGCUCUACUCCAACUUCUGGUGUGGCAUCACCCCACAGGGCUACUACCGACGAACCCCGGACUACCAACCCAUCAGGGAGUGGAAGCGGGUAGGCUGCUUCCCUGUUCCCAUGGUGCACAGCACCUUCUUGGUGGACCUGCGGCGUGAAUCCAGCAAAGACCUGACCUUCUACCCGCCUCACCCAGACUACAGCUGGGCUUUUGAUGACAUCAUGGUGUUUGCUUUCUCAGCGCGCCAAGCAGAUGUGCAGAUGUUCGUGUGCAACCGAGAGCACUACGGCUUCCUGCCCGUCCCUCUGAAGGCUCAGCAGACGGUGGAGGACGAGGGAGAAAGUUUCAUCCACACCAUCACCGAAGCUCUGAUUGACCACGACAUGGCGCCCUCUGAGCACGUGUACGUGCAGCCGCCGCCACAGACCAAGAUGGGCUUUGAAGAAAUUUUCCUGAUUAAUCUAAAACGUCGACUUGACAGAAGAACGAGAAUGCUGAAAACGAUGGCGUCGCUCGGCCUUCAAGCCACGUCGGUGGACGCCGUGGACGGGAAGGCUCUGAACACUUCGCAGCUUCAGAUGCUGGGGAUCGAGAUGCUGCCGGGCUAUAAGGACCCGUACUCGGGGCGAGUCCUAACUCGGGGGGAGAUCGGCUGCUUCCUGAGCCACCACUCCAUAUGGACACAGAUGGUGGAGCGAGGCUUCCAGAAGGUUCUUGUUCUGGAGGACGACGUGCGGUUUGAGCCCAGGUUCCGACGCAGACUCCAGGCCAUCAUGGAGAACGUGGACCGAGCCCGGCUGGACUGGGACCUCAUAUACGUGGGGCGAAAGCGCAUGCAGGUGCAUCAGCCAGAACAGUCAGUGGACGGCGUGAACAACCUGGUCGUGGCCGAUUAUUCCUACUGGACCCUUGGAUACGCGCUGUCACAUCAGGGAGCCAGGAAGUUACUGGAUGCUGAGCCGUUCAAGAAGAUGCUGCCGGUUGAUGAGUUUCUGCCCAUCAUGUUCAACAAACAUCCCAAUGCUCAGUACAUGUCUCAUUUCAAGCGGAGGGACCUGAAGGCCUUCUCCGUGGAGCCGCUGCUCAUCUACCCCACCCACUACACCGGAGAGCCCGGCUACAUCAGCGACACCGAGACCUCCACCAUCUGGGACGACGAGGCCGUGGCCACGGACUGGGACAGACAGCAGGCCCGCAAAACCGCGCAGCAGGACCGCAUCGGACCGGUGGCGCAGAACAGCGUGACGGGAGAUUCUCCGCCUCCUGCGGCUUGGGCGUCCCGGGAUGAACUCUAA